AAAACAAAGAAGCACACAGUUGCAAGCUAUUUAGGACCUAGCAAUGCUAUCAGAACUGCUGUUGGAGUUUCUACUCAGCCAAAGUAUCCAGGCCCUUUUUUUCAUACUAUCUGGAAGCCAAUUUACUUGUCCCAUUCCAAUUUAAGUUCCAGAUAUUCUUAUCUACAAUUGGAAAGGUGCAUAAUACACCCCUGAAUGAGCUAAAUUAUUGGUCAAGGGAAAAUAAAUUGAGAAAAGAGGCUGUAAAAUCAACGAAAGAUAAAUGCCAAUGAUAUAAUGUGUGGCUGCAAUACAUGAAUGUAUUAGAAAAAAUUUGCAAACUUUUGUUGUAGUCAAAUCUAUUCCUUUGGUCAGACUUUCACUCCAGUCUUGCAAAAUCAGUAGCAUGGUUCUCAUAAUUUUGCAGUGAUUAUAUCCAUGCUUUUUCUAGUGUCCCUCAAAGAUUCUUCAUUGUUUUCCUGUAGCACUCAUUAUCUGACUAUUAUCUGUCUGUUUAGUUCUAAAAACAAUGAAUUGUUUUGUGGCAUUUACAGAUAAUUUACAGGCUUUAAGUGACAGAUAAUUUCAAUUUUCAAAAUAAUUCUAACUUGAUCUCUAGAGUAUUUUAUGGAUCGCUGAUAGGGUUGGAGAGACAUAAAAUGAAAUCUUCCUUCUUGAAGUUCUUGGUGGUGGAUAUGCCAGCAUACCCAAAUGUUUAAAAUGAAGUCAGUAGAUAAUAUGUUUUACUUCAUAUCCAAGGGGCUUAUCCUAGUUUUAAAAAACACAGUUUGGAUUACUGCUAAAUUGAAUGCAAAUAUAUCUUUUAAUCUUGCUUGAAGGAGGUAAACAAGAAGUACAAGAUGUAGUUACUGGCAUGAUAUUUGCUAAUGGUUCUGUCAAUGUUAUAAUAACAUUGACAGAACCAUCAAUAACUUAAGAGGCUCCUUUUCCAGAGCAGUUAUCCAGUGCUAAGAUAACUUCAUUAAAAUAUCGUAGAUUUGAUCCAGUUAGUCCUAUGGGCAUAAGGACUAUAAUGCACACACCAAACUUAACUAGCACAAGAUCUUCCCUAUUCAUUUCAGUAUUAGGGCAUAGUGAAAUACCAUUGAUAUUAUAUGCAAAAAUGCUCACAGACUCCAACCAUUGGAGGGAAGUAAAUAAUAUUCACAUAUACAGGCACCGCCAUGUGCACAUUGCAUAUUCAUAAGAUCCUAAACUAGGAUGCAUUUCUGCACUUAACUAGAAAUUGUACAUUAAAAUCUAUUUUGCUUAUUCUACUCUAAUCCAAAUGUUUAGGGAGUGAAUUUGUAUGCAAACAUUGGGAACACUAUGAUAAUGCCGGUACUUUGCAUGGGUGAAACAGCCAUUAAAAAAAUUAAGAGAGCUGUUUUAAGCAUCAAGGUGCCAUUUUUUCUUUCCCACAAAGUAAUUUGUAGUGCAGUUAUUCUAAUUUUCACUGAAAGAAAGAAGAAUGGUCAGGAAAACGUACAUUUUAAAUUCAUUUUGCUAAUGAGAUAGAAGUAAGAAAUUUUAUAACCUAUAAAGUUUUUUCUAGCUGUUAUUGAAUUUUUUAAGUGUACAUAUUUUCUGUGUAUAUAACUCCUAGGUUAAGAAGAGUUGUGUGUUAAUUUUAUUACCAUUUCCUAGAAUUUUUUCAAAAUGAAUGUCCAUAAAUGGUGCUUAUAAUUUAAUCUGACUGUGAAUGUUAAUAUAAAAGGUAUUGCAAAGAAAAAUAUUAUUAGUAUAGGUUGAAUCCUAGUCUGUAAAGAGGCUUGGUUUUAUUAUUACUGUAAAGGAAUGGUUUCACACAACUGUAAUGCUGUAUUUCAACUGCAGUCUAACUCUUGAUUUAAGCUUUUUUUCUUGUAUCUUUAAAAAUAACUCUCACAGCAGUUCCCUUUGUUUUGAUAUAUGUUUAUAAUUAGGUGUACCUUGACAAUACAACAAGAUCCAAAUUUGCCAUAUUGCAAAAAAGAUAAAGCUGAUGAAAUAGUGCCAGUUUCUAAGCCAUCAAGAAUUCCAGAAAAUGCAGUUGUGGACUCCAGAGUAGCAACGAUUAAACAGCGACCUUCUAGUAGAUGUUUUCCCUCAGCUACCGAUAUGAAUUCUAUGUAUGAAAGACAAGGGAUUGCUGUGAUGCCACCAACAGUACCCGGAAGUCCUCAAGGCCCAUUUCUGGGUGUGCCACGAGGUACAGUAAGAAGACAAAAAUCAAUAGGGGUAACAGAAGAAGAGCGGCAAUUUUUGGCUCCUCCCAUGCUCAAAUUUACUAGAAGUCUAUCAAUGCCAGAUACUUCAGAAGAUAUUCCCCCUCCACCACAGUCUUUACCUCCAUCACCACCACCUCCUUCUCCUUCUCUUUACAACUCUCCCAAAUCUCCAGUAUCUAGAAUGUAUGGCACAAUUAAGCCUGCUUUUAAUCAGAAUCCAGGUUCAAAGAUAGCUAUUUCAGGUAGAUCUGAAAACAUGGGGACUGUGAUCAGAGGCAAAGGCUUAUAUUACCGGAGAGAAAUGGACCGUUAUUCUCUAGAUUCUGAGGACUUAUACAGCAGAAAUGCCGCAACUCAGGCCAACUUCAGAAACAAGAGAGGUCAAAUGCCAGAGAAUCCUUACUCAGAAGUUGGAAAAAUAGCCAGCAAAGCGAUGUAUAUUCCAGCCAAACCAGCCCGACGGAAGGGAAUGCUAGUGAAACAGUCUAAUGUUGAGGACAGCCCAGAAAAAACUUGCUCCAUUCCUAUUCCAACCAUUAUUGUGAAAGAGCCAUCUACCAGCAGCAGUGGGAAAAGCAGUCAAGGAAGCAGCAUGGAAAUCGACCCCCAGGCUUCAGAGCAACCAGGACAGCUGCGACCCGAAGACAACUUGACGGUCAGUAGCCCCUUUGCAGCUGCCAUUGCUGGAGCAGUGAGGGAUCGGGAGAAAAGAUUAGAAGCCAGGCGCAAUUCUCCAGCUUUCCUUUCCACCGAUUUGGGAGAUGAGGAUGUUGGAUUAACCCCUCCAACUCCACGUAUGAGACAGUCUAAGUUUAGCGAUGAGGGGCUCUUUGGCAACGAAGAGGGCUUCCGGCAGCUUGUGUCGCCAUCUCCUAUCCCAGCACCUAGAGAGACUGAAAAUAUUUUCAAUGGCAGCGAAUCAAAUAACCAAAACGACACAAGGACACCAAACUCUUCAGUCCAAACCACAACGAGUUCUGAAAACAGUGCAUUGACAACCUCAAAUGCUGGUUUAGAUAAUUAUGUUCAUCCCCUGACAGGGAAAAUACUGGACCCCAAUUCCCCUUUAGCCCUUGCCCUCUGUGCCAGGGACAGAGCCAUGAAAGAGCAAAGCCAGCCGAUUCCAGGGAAAGGAGACUCCAGCAAAGCAGAUCUUAACAAACCUCUUUACAUCGAUACAAAGAUGAAGCCCAACACUGAAGCUCCAUUCCCAGCAACAGCUACCAUUGCUAGGCAAAAUACACGUGGCCUGCUAAGGCGCCAGGAGACGGAGAAUAAAUAUGAGACGGAUGCAGCAAAAGAAAGAAGGUCUGAGGAGAAAAAGAACAUGCUAAUCAAUAUUGUGGAUACCUCGCAACAAAAGUCAGCCGGUCUGCUCAUGGUUCAUACGGUGGACAUAGCACAAGCCAGCGAUAACCCUGAAAAAGAAGAGAAAAGUGCCGAGGUGGAGGUGAACGUUGAAAAGCCUCCGUCAGAGAUGCAGGAAGAGACAGAAGCAGAAGAAAGUGGAUUGGAUGACCCCGGCCUGCUUCCGCCACCAUCCCCGGCCUGCAAAACAAUUGUAGCUGUUAGCUCCAUCGAUGAUCCAAUCAUUUUGCCAUUCCGUAUUCCUCCUCCCCCUUUAGCUUCAGUUGAUCUUGAUGAAGACUUUAUCUUUACUGAGCCAUUACCCCCUCCUUUAGAGUUUGCUAACAGUUUUGAUAUUCCUGAUGACAACUCAGUCCCAGCCUCUAUCUCGGCCUUAACAGACUUGGUCAAACAGAGAAAAAACGGAACUCCACUUGCUUCAUUUAACCCUCUCCAGCCCUCAGAUUCAUUAGACGGUAAGAAAUCGGGGGGUCUUUCAAACUGUUUGCCUCCCUCAUUUUUGCCACCCCCUGAAAACUUUGAUAAUGUCCCUGACUCUGGGAUUGAAGAGGUGGACAGUCGAAGUAGUAGUGACCAUCAACUAGAGACAACCAGCACUAUCUCAACUGUGUCCAGCAUCUCUACCUUGUCCUCUGAAGGUGGUGAGAACUUGGAUACUUGUACAGUCUAUGCAGAUGGGCAAACAUUUCUGGUGGACAAACCCCCAGUACCUCCUAAGCCAAAAAUGAAGCCCAUAAUCCACAAAAGCAAUGCACUUUAUAAAGACACGCUUAUUGAAGAAACUGUGGAUAGUUUUGUUAUUCCUCCUCCAGCCCCGCCUCCUCCUCCAAUCAGCGCACAGCCCAGUAUGGCUACAGUUGUACAGCAAAGGACCUCUAAGCUCUGGGGUGAUGUCACAGAAAUUAAAAGCCCAGCUCUCUCAGGCCCAAAGGCAAAUGUUAUUAGUGAACUGAACUCAAUACUGCAGCAAAUGAACAGAGAAAAAUCCUCAAAGCCAGGAGAAGGAUUGGAGUCCCCUCCAGGGACAAAAGUUGCCAGUCUUAGUACAAGGAGCACAGAGGUCAUGAGCACAGUCUCAGGUACUCGGAGUUCAACCAUCACUUUUACCGUUCGGCCUGGAACUAGCCAGCCCAUCACACUUCAGAGCAGAGUCCCAGACUAUGAUAGCAGGACAUCAGGAGCCAGACAUGCUCCAAGCCCAGUGGUUUCACCAACAGAGAUAAGUAAAGACAUCCUGCCUGCUCCUCUGACUGCUGCUGUUCCAGCUGCAUCUCCUUCUCCGACUCCUUCUGAUGUUUAUAGCCUACCCAGCCAGCCUCCUUCCGGAGACCUAUUUGCUUUGAAUACAGGGCGCAGCAGGUCUCCUUCUCCCUCAAUAUUGCAACAGCCAAUCUCAAAUAAGCCUUUUACAACUAAACCUGUCCACCUGUGGACUAAACCAGAUGUGGCAGAUUGGUUGGAAAGUUUAAACUUAGGUGAACAUAAAGAGACCUUUAUGGAUAAUGAAAUAGAUGGCACUCACUUACCAAACCUUCAGAAGGAAGAUUUGAUAGACCUUGGAGUGACUAGGGUUGGUCACAGAAUGAACAUAGAAAGAGCCUUGAAACAACUAUUGGACAGAUAAGAAUGGUUGGUCUUGCCUCACAAACCUUUGUUAUAAAUAGAGAUAGGCUGGUAUCAAAACACCCCAAAUGCCUUGGCUCCCCAAGAGUAGCACCAAAUUAAAAAGCAUCCAUUAGAUUGCAAACCUAUGUCCAAAAUCAAUUCCAUGUCAAUCCACAUUAAUGGGACCAAAUAUUUUAAGAAUGGAUGGGGAAAUAAGAGAGAAGAAUGGAAAUAAUUGUGAACUUAAAAAAAAACCAAAUUUGUAAGCUCCAACCAUAUUGAUAUUAUCUCAAACGUUUAUACUUUAAUUGCUGGUACACACACAACUACUCCUUUUUCAAUCUAUGGAUUGGUUUUUCUGUUAGAAAUGCCCUUCUGCUUUAAAAAUAACGUGUCACCUCUUUUUGAUUAAAACCCACAGGUAUUUCUCCAUGUACUAGAACGUGUAUUGUCCAGCUCUUUUUACAAUCUGCUUUCAUAUGACUAAUAUUUCAUAUGAUUGUUGGACUCAGUCCCAUUGUUGUGGUCAGACAAUUUCUUCUUUCAGUUUUUCUAAACUGAUUCUUGGUUAGUUCUGCCAUUUAAUUUUUCUGCUAACAUUCACUUUUUUCAUGAUGUAUUUACUGAUUUUUGAAAAACUUCUAUACAUUCAAAGCAUUGCCAGAAUGUUUUUAAAAAUGUCAGAUGUUUUUGGCUAAUUAUUAUGUUGAUUUCUUUGGAAGUGAAAUUAGUUUUUGUCAUCCAGUGUAAUUCUGUUAUUUGACUUUUAAGAUUUUAUUUUUCCAUUUAUGUUUAGUGCCUUUCCAAAUUUGCCGGAUAGUUAUUAGGCAUGCUUUUUAUUUUUUAUUUAUAAUGCAGUAUAAUGUGUGAAAGCUAUGUAAGAGAUCUUAGCUGCCUAAAAUAAAAGUAAAAAUAUUUGUAAGAAAUUGGAAUUGAAGAUAUCUGUGCAUAGAAAGAUGGUAGUUCAAUUAAGAUCUUUCCCACAUUUCUUUGUGAUUGACUGGGAUAAUAGGUAAGUAAUUCAGGGUUAUAUUUUCAAAAUACCAAUCAUUCGUCAAGCCUGUUUUAAUUUCUCUCAUAUAGAAUUGAGUUGUUUGGACAAUAUUGCACAAGACUUUUCUUUGAGAUGGAAACAGGUAUCAGGAUUAGAUGUCUUCUCUUUUUACAAGCGCAUCAGCAAGUGUGGGGUUUUUUUUUGGGGGGGGAGUGAUGUUUGGCUUCCCAAAAAGAGUUAAGUUCUAGUUUUUAAAGAACUGUGUUUUACAUAAAGGUUACUUUUGCUGGAUCAAAGUGAUCACGUGUGAUAGUGGAUUUUAUUACCAUUGUGAUCCCCCUAGUAUCAUAGAAAGAAUAGUGAAUUUUCCUUCUGCAAUUUUGUAUGUGGAUGCACAAAUCAAUGCACAAGCUGCAGUCAACAGUAACUGCAUAGAGGUGGCUUCUUCACCUUCAAGAAGGUCUUUGGAUCUUUGACCUGCUUAUUCUUUCCUGCUUAAGAAAACCAGCUGUUGAUGAAUCUGCGUGGCACAAACUUGUUUACUUAUGGAAAUGGAUUUAAAUCUUUAGUGCUUUAUUGUAUUAGGAAAAUGUUGCCUGGCAUCUAUAAGAAAUAUGAAAUGAAAAUAUCAAUAACAGUACAUGUUACAGAAGUAGUUUUAUGAAAACAGUAGGUACCUAUUAUAUAUGCAAGGGACAAUUUUUCUAAAAAAAUUGAGAUCAAGGGUUUUGUCCUAAUAAUAAUGUUUUGCUUAACAUUAAACUACAGGAUUGUUCUGUGCUUCCUUUCCAUACAAACUGCUGUGUUUUAGGAGAACCCACUUAGCUUGCAAAUUAAAAACAAGAGAAGGUUGAGAGAAAAUCACAUUCAGAACUGUUUCCCAAAAAAAAUUGAGUGGAUUUUUAAAAGCAUGGUCUUUUGGCAGACAUGUAUAUUUUCAGAUUUGGUGGCUUCUAUGAAAUUUAGAAUACUCUCUUCCCACCAUAAAUAAUCCACAUUAACAAUGUUGUUGGUUCACAGUGUCAUGAAUAAUUUAGCCUGUACGUUUGAGGUUGCUUAAUAAUUUAAUUGGAAGGCAUCUCAGUUCAUUUUUUAAUAUGUCCCAGCCUAUCUCUAAUUAUAAUUUUAUUUUCUCAUAACUGAAUGUCUAAUUUGGGGCCCGCAACAGCCCUAGGAUUAGUACAUGAAGUUCAGCAAUUUCAAUACCUUUCUUUACUGAAAGUUUAAAUAGCUGUACAGAUAGUUUAUAAGCACAAUAUUUUAAGAAUAUAAGUGGCUGGUCUACUGGGCAGCCUUUGUGCCACUUCAGUGCUAGAAAUUAAAAAAAAACUUUUGUGGUUUACUACUAUUUCUGUGGAAUAAGUAUUAAGUCUUGACCUUUUUAAAUCAAUAUCAUUUGGAUGCAUCUGAACCAGCAGAGCUGUGUUAUAUUUUCUAUCUUUGCUAAAACUUCUCCAGAUGAUGUGUCUCCUCAAACAUGGUAACAAUCAACAAUACUUGGGUAAUUAUUAAAAAGAAAAAAAUAGUCAGUUCCUCCUUCCUUCCGCUAUCAAAACUGGUUGUUUAAGUUAUUGUCACUUAGACCCUUUUCAGAUUUGUUUCCACAUUUGCAUACUCCAAAUGGAUUUGUAAUUAAAAUCAAGUUUUAGUGCAAAAACUUUGAAAUAUUGAUACAACGUUGUAUCUAGAGGACAAUAUUCGCAUAUUUGAUAGCAACACAAUUUUUCUUUUGAUGGGGGCAGGGGCAGAGUGUAAAGUAAGAUGAUUUUGACAUCAUUGUCUUCCAUUUGGUGAUAAUGCAGAAAUCAGUAAAUAAACCAUAAUACCAUGCUCCUUUUUAUUUCUUUGAGUGCAGUUGGUGUUACCUCUAUAAUGUGCCAGAAAAUGCAUUAGGACAAGUGAUACAAGAGAAAAAAGGGGGGAAAUUACUUUUAAGCUGCUGUUAAUCAUAAUAUUUUACUGUUUAAUAUAUAAUGUUUGUUAACAAACUAUUGGUGAUGGUACCCCCUUUCUUAAAAGGGGUCUCUUGCCCAUGUAUCUUUUCAGGCACUUAAAUAGUGAGUACGAUAUAAUUAUUAGAGAAGAUUUUAAACAUCAAAGAGCUAAUGAAAUGAUUUAUUUUUUAAAUGAUGUUGUAUGAGCUAGAGUAAUAGGGCCUGUAAGGAAUUGCUUUAUAUCAAGAAAAAACACCUUUGGCAAGCUGAAAUAGUCUUUAGCUUUGUUUGAUGGCUUUAUAAUAGAAAGCAAUAGUAAAGGAUGCAGUAUUAUCUCCUAGCUGGCAUUUUGAUCAAUACUGAAAAUGUCAGGAGCAGAUUGGCCCUUUUAAUGUUAUGCUACUUUGAUGGUGCAAAAUACAGUGAUUAAAGAUAAUCUUGUUAUGAUAUUCCAGGUUUUAGGAACAACUUUUGUUUAUAUACUGUAAUUUAAUAAAUUGCAUUUACAUGCUUAGUUUCUGUAAUAUUUGUGUAUACAAUACCAAAAUCACACAAGAUGUAAAUUGUGUAUAACUGCACAGACUCCUUUCCCUAGGUGUCUAGUUUUGAUUCAUAUAUUAUAAAAUGACUAGAUGUGACUGUUGAUUUACAGAAUUUACAUAUCACAGAAGCUAGCUCUUUGUGGUACCUAAGUUAAUAAAAGUGAUUUUUUCUGAGUUCCUUUACAAAUAAGCAUUAUCCAGUUGAUCUGGCGAUGACUCUGUGUAUGAGCCUAAAAUAAUGAUAAUUUUCUCAUUACAUCUUUUUUUCUUUUUUUAGAGAGUAAUGUUUUUGCUAUGGUUUGUGAAACAACUAUGUUCACGUUAUCUAUGUUGCUGUAAUUUUUUGUGCUUUAAUUCCUCUAAUUUCCAACUGAUUAAAACAAAUCAAGCUCCUGUAACUUGCACUUUCCCUAAUCCUUACUAUUCUUGUAUGGCAACCAAAAUUACUGUAAGAAAUAAAUAUCAUAUUGCACUAAG